CAAAACAAGCAACUUGUCUGUUGUUGUGUUGCAGACGAAAGUGGACGAUAGUGACUUUAGCAGAUUGUUCGGUUGAUUGACGUGUUCGGCGCAUUUGUGCGUUUUACGGGGGACUGUGAGUUCGCCUCGGGACAAAAAAUACGAGCAUUAUCGAAAACAGCUCGCCACAACGGGAUUUGGCCGAAUUUUUCAGUCGAAGCUUUUCGUUGAAGGCUACGACUCUGCUGAUGACUCCAGAUGAAGAAUGUUACCUGGAAAGCUGCCUUUGAGCAGCCAUCAGGAAAGUUCCCAUCCAUCUACUGCCAGUAACUCCAGUCAGAGAUACGAACCUAUAGGAGGAGUUGCAGAAGCCCAGGAGUGUACAGAAACUUCUGGCUGGUCACAACCAUUAUGCAGUUGCAAGAAAUCUCACUGUUCAGACUGUAAAUAUGGAUUAGAACAGUCCAGCAAUAUUGAAAAUGGGCCAAAGGAUGUUGUACGUGUCAAAUUGACUCGGGCUUCAAGUGUAGACCACCAACAAAAUCAAUUUUAUGUCAGAGCUGCAGGUGGAAUGAGCAUUCCAGUGCCAGUAUCAAAAAUGUCAUUGGAAAACAGUCAACACCAUGUAAGGCCACCCCCUGUUCACACAGUUCCCCUGCUUGAUGAUGUGUCUUUAGACAUGUCGCAGUAUGCUAGAGACGAAUCAUCCCCCAAUUCAGGCAAGAAGACAAGUAGUAGUUACCUUCCACUCAGCGUUGAACUUGUAGCUGGUAGGGGCACCACUAGCAUGCCUGCUGAUGGUAAUAAGAGUUCACCAGCAGGUGGAAAAGUGAAAAGUCUGCCUCCAUCAAGAACAUUAGCACUUUCAGCAUCACUAUUUAAGAACUACCUAAUCCCAAGCAGUGAUAAAUCACAAUCAAAAACCACAGCCUCAACUCCGGAGACUGAGAAUUCUGUGAAAACAAAAAUGAUGGGGAUAUGGAAUAAUGUUAAAUACGGUUGGACAGUAAAUCUCAAGACUAAUUUCUCUAGGGAUUCCCCAGUUUAUCUUCUUGCCAGUGUAUACCAUAAAUCCUUUGGAGAGAAUGAUGAUGACGCCUCAGAAGAAAUAGAAGAAAAUGGCAUGGAAGCUUUCAAAAGACAUUUCUAUAGCCUCAUCUGGUGCACAUACCGGCGGCAAUUUCCAACACUGCAGGACUCUACAUUGACCACCGAUUGUGGCUGGGGUUGCAUGUUGCGGUCAGGGCAAAUGAUGGUGGCACACGCACUGACUUUGCACUUCCUUUCUUCACGAUGGCGACAUAUCAAAAAUAUCAAUGAAGGUCCAGAGGAAAAAAUACACCAGAGAAUAGUCCAGUGGCUAGGAGAUUCUCCUUCUCCGCAGUGUCCGUUAUCACUGCAUAAUUUAGUCCAUUUUGGAAACAAACUUGGAAAAAAGGCAGGUGACUGGUAUGGCCCUGCUUCUGUUGCAUAUAUUUUCAAAGAAGCUAUAGAGAUGGGCUCUAAAUAUAUUCAUGAUCUGCAGCGAGUUUGUGUGUAUGUGGCCCAGGAUUGUGCUGUUUACAUUCAAGAUGUCCUUGACAUGACAACUACCCCAUGCAUAUGUUCCAAAGGUGACCUUAUAAAGAUAUCCGAAAUGGCAAAUGUAAAAAAGAAGUCUACCUCAGAUUAUUUAGAAAAAAUAAAAACAUCUGUAACCCCAAAUUUCUCUGAAACAAGUAGUCAGUUGGAAAAUGGAAGUGGUGGUUUAGAUCACAGAGGCUAUGCAUCAGAUAUGACUGAAAGAAAUGUCAAUAGAAAUUAUCCAGAAACAUUUUUUGAUUCUGAGAGAAGUAAUAAGGACUCUCAAAUAUUAACUAAUGCAAGACAGACAAGUGAGAAUUGUGAUAGAUUUAAAACAGUUAGUGAGCCUGUUGACAAUGUAGUAGGUAGUGCUACUGGUUUGCAUCAGCCAAGUCAGUGCCCUAAAUGUGACAAUUGGAGAUCUGUGAUUAUUAUGGUACCAGUAAGACUUGGAGGGGAAUCUUUAAACCCUAUAUAUGCUUCAUCUGUGUGUUCCUUGUUCACUCACGAACUCUGCAUUGGCAUCAUCGGUGGGAGACCAAAGCAUUCGCUGUAUUUUGUAGGAUUUCAAGAGGAGCAUUUGAUUCAUCUGGAUCCACAUUUGUGUCAAGAUGCAGUCUCUCUGACCCAGCCAAUCACCCCAGUGUCUACCUAUCACUGUUCUUCUCCUCGUAAGAUGUCCCUAUCUCGAAUGGAUCCUUCUGCUACCCUAGGAUUUUAUUGCCACUCUCGAACAGAUUUUUUGCGCCUUAUGGAAGAGUUGCCGGAACUCCUCACACCCAAGGAACCAGGGUAUGAGUACCCAAUAUUUGAGUUUAUAGAUGGACGGUCAGAGGAUGCUGAUGCCCUCGCACGACAGCUGACAACCGAGGAUGAAAUGGCUGCAGCUUUCCCUAGAGACAUGCCUCUGCUCCCUCAAGACUCAGAGGAAUUUGUAUUUAUAUAAUUACAUAACAUGUAGUAGCUGUUUGUAAUUAUAUAUUUGUUACCUGGAUUUGUUUCAAAUAAAUUAUUAUGUACUAUAAGAGAAUAUAUAAAUGUACAGUUUGGUUAUACCAGAAUGGUAUGAAUUCUCAUGUACAGUUUUACUGUUCACGCACGAAUCCCUAUUGAGCUGCUGUGCAUAUUAUUGUACUAAGUUGAUUAUAUGGUGUUAUGAUGCAUUUGUCUGUGAAAUAUCAUUUGGAGAAAAUAUUCUCAUUUUAGCCAUGCAUUCAUAAUUUAUUAUUAUGAGGCAAAUUUUGUAAAAUAUCCUUUGAAAAAAAUAUUCUCGUUUUAACCAAUCAAUCAUCCUUCAUUGUUAGUUCAUCCAAAAGUCAAAGGAAACUUUUACAUAUUGCAGAAUCCCAGAGAUACCCCAGCACUUUUAUGGUGACUGUAAUAAUUGCAGGCUAACCAUACUCAUGUGGUGUGUUCUUUUUAAAUUAUUUGCAUUAUUCCAUUCUUCUCUCAUAAGAAUGAGCACGUGAGAUAGUUAUUUUAUAGAAGGGUCUACAGCUCUUGCUAAAUGAAAAAAAAAAUCAUCAUUCUGAGCAUAUGACCCAGCUGGUCUGCACCAAUUUACCAAUAAUGUGUUUUUGUUUUGAGAUACGUUUGUCUUCAUGUUUUUUAAAGUGCAUGCUUAUUUUAUGUGAAUGUAAAAAGGAUAUGUGAUUUCAGGUGCCUUUUUGUUGGAUAUUUGAGACUGUAAAUGACUGUAACUUAUUUAUUUUGUAACACCAAUAAUAUUGCAUAACCACUUGCA